AUGGAUAAAGCAAAAGGACAGAAGAAGGAUAAGGAUUCAAAAGAAAAAGACGAGGUAAAAAGUGACGAAGGGAAAGAGGGCAAAGACAAAAAGGAUGAGGCGAAAGCCGAGAAAAUUAAGGAAAAAUCAAAGGAGACAUCGAAAGACGUGAAACCAAGUGACGACCUAAAGGAAAAGCUUAAGGAGGCUUCAAAAAAUGAAGAUCAAACGCAAGCAUCAACUGUGGCGGGACAUCAGAAAGGAGAUGAACAAGCACAGGCAACGAUACCAAAACCUGACGGUGAUGCACAGAGAAAGUCGAAGGACAGCGUGGAGAAGGAUGAUGCAACGCAAGUAUCAGGAGCACCAGAAGGUGACGAGACAAAGUAA